AUGAAAAUAGUUCUGAUAACUCUACUCAUUGGCUUAACAUUUUCUUAAAAUUAGGCAUUAAAUGAAAUUUCAGAGAAUCCAAUUCCUACAUUAGUUUAUGAAAUGAAAAAUGAAGAAUCGCAAUCAAUUUAAUAACAUUAAUAAUUAUAAGGAUAUAUUGAUAUUGAUGGUCAUUUUGUAUCAAACUAAGCUGAUAAUACAUAAAAUAUAGAAUCUGAAUCUGUUGUCUAAACUAAUUAAGAUCAAAGUUAAAAUACCUAAAUGAAUAUAGUUGAUAAUUCUAACAAUUUGUAAGCUACAACUUAAGAAGGAUCAUAAUAAUUAGUUUCAACUGAUGCAGAAAUUGAUCCUGUUUUUGAUAUGGAAAAUUCAAUGCCUUAUGAAUUCCCAGAAGAUACAUAAGUUUAAGAAGAAUCAAAAGAUUAAGAUAAUGAUAAUCAUUAUUUGUCAGCUAGUUUAGAAUUGUAAUUAUUUCAUAUUUAAAUUCAAGACCAAUUCGAAAUGACAACUAAGUUUAUGAUUCAUUAGGAAAUUAAAUAGAUUCUUAUGAUGGUAUGAAAACAUAUUUGUAAAUAAUUUUAUAAAUUUAGAGCUCUAGAUAUAGCAGAAUAAGAUGAUAAUUAAGCUAACAUUAGUGUCUAAGAAAAAUAAGAAGAUUGUAUUGUGAUUUAUUCAAAAUGCGAUUUCUAAGGAGAAAGCUUACCAAUAUGUGAGUCUUUGAAGGAAGUUGAGUAAAAUUAAGCGAAAUUUUAGGGAUUUCUAAUAUGAUAUAAAGUCCAUCUAUUUACCUGAAGGAUACUAAAUGACAAUAUAUUCAGAAGAGAACUAUCAAGGAUAAUAAGUUACAUACUAAGAGAGUCAAAAGUGUUUAACAUAAGCAAUAUCACUUGCCUAAUUAAGAGGAAGAUAAACCUAAUAAAUUUAGAAUUAAGAUCCAAAUCAAAGUAUUUUAACAUCAAAUCUAAGAAUUAGAUAAUGA